AUGCACUUCUAUAUUACUGCCCUUCUGGGCAUGGCCCACUUGACUUUCGCCGCUCCGUUUCUGAAUGUGUCCGCUCGCCCUCUUCCGGAUGGAAUGCCUAAUCCAGAUCCAAGGGAAGUGGAGACAAUUGAGCAAAAUGCACACGGAACUCUGCCAAAUGGACCUCCCCCUACUGGUAUCAGCGAAGGAGGAAUCGCCAAUCUCAAGCUGAUCGCAUUCAACGAGUUGUUUGAAGUUGCCUUUUUCGAUCAAUUGAUCGCAAACAUCACUGACAAGGCCCCGGGGUAUCGCUUCUCUAAUGAAGGCGAUUAUAACUUUGUUUUGAAUGGCCUGAAGGUGAUUCUGGCUCAAGAGGAGCUCCAUGCCCUAGACGCCAACAACGCCUUGGCUAAUGUUGGAAUUGACCCGAUCGAGCCUUGUCGUUAUAGCUUUCCCGUUGAGAACUUUGAUGCGGCAAUUAUGCUUGCAACUACCUUCACAGAUGUGGUUUUGGGAACCCUGCAGGAUGUUGUCGAGAGAUUUGCUAUCGGUGGUGACAUUGGACUCUCACGCGCAAUUUCCUCCGUCAUUGGCCAGGAGGGAGAACAGCAGGGCUGGUUCCGUAUCAUGCAGGGCAAGGUCCCUAGUGAACUGCCUUUCUUGACAACCACUGAUCUCAACUUUGCCUUCACUGCUAUCCAGAGCUUCACCGUGCCCGGUACUUGUCCCAACAUCGACACCAUUCCGCUCAAAACCUUCGCACCUCUCAAUGUCAUCCAAGGCCCUACUGCGGAGACCGGGAACAUCAAGGUUUCUUUCGCCCAUACCGACAAGAUUGAGGAGGACGCGCUAUGGCUCACUUACAUCAACCAGCAGAAUCUGCCGAUUGUGGAAUCUCUCCAGGUUGUCUCGAAGGGGAACGGCACCAUUACCGCAAAGGCUUUGUUCCCCUAUGAUGCACAUGAAUUGAACGGGCUGACCAUCGCUGCGGUGACUACAACAAAGGGGCCAUUCCCAAAUGCAUACAGCGUGGCGAAGACAACUAUCGCCGGACCGGGCCUUUUCAUCAUCAACUGA